CGGGUUGGUACCGCGUUCGAAUGAUAAACAUUAAUAAGAUUCUUGACUGGCUCACUACCAGGCACCAGCUUGCAAUAACAACAAUAAUAAUAAUAAUAAUAAUAAUACAAGAAAAAUAAAUGGUACAAAGGAGUCAAGGUUAUCAACAAACGUCCCGCAAAAUAUUAUUAUUAGAUUUUGGCGGCGGCAAUCGGCAUUUUGGAUUGGCGGUCAUUUUUAUCGCUUUAUAGCGUCCGUAUUUGUGUAUGUGUUUGUUUGUGUGCAUGUGUAUGUUUGUGUGUGUUAGUAGCGAGUGAGUGCGCGCGCGCGGUGAGUAAACAAAAACAACUCGAUAAAUAAUAAACGUUCAACGGACAAAGCAAGUGUUUCGACUUUCAAGAGUGUGUUGCGCGUGACCGUUGUUGAGGCGAUCUGUGCGCCUUUUUUUCGUUCGACAUUUCGACCCCUCAUAUGUGACUUUACGGCGUUCGAAAUCGAUACGGCGAGUGCCUUGGUUGAGAUCCAUUGUUAGCAAUCACCAAUUUUUCACCGAUCGUCGGCGGACUAUUACAGACGUCUGACCGUAGGCGUACUGUUAUUUUAUCCUGACCGCAAAUCGUAAAUACUUGCCCUUCGAAAUUCGGUGUCGGCGACUGCUUCAUACCAUCCUGAUCUGGACAGGGACCUUGUCAGUCCGUAUGGAUUCCGGUGUUAUCGGCGUAAAAAUGGAACAUUUGAUGACAUACCUGGAUUUCAGUAAUUGUUGUACACAACGAAAACGGUGCUGCCCGCACAAUCGGCGAAUAUAAACGAGAUUGACAUUGUAUCAUUGUAGUAUCCACUAUGAAACUAUUAGAGAGCUCUCAAUUAACCGAGCUAUCAAGAGCGCUUUGUGUAGACCGAGGAGAUGUUAAAGUCGUUGCCAGGAUCGAAAGCUAUUCAUGCAAAAUGGUAGGCGAUGAAAAACACAAGUAUAAAAAGUUUUACUCCCAGAGUGGCACACAGCCAGGUGACCUCGAAGCACUGGGCUGUUCACCCAACAGUGAUCCACGAUAUGGAAGAAGUCUUAGUGUAUCUGGAGAUGAAGAAGUUUUGUUAUGUGAUACAAUAUCACGUAAAUCUUUAUUUUACUUGAUUGCAACACUUAAUGCCACAUUUGCACCUGACUACGAUUUCACAGAUGCCAAGUCAUCAGAAUUUAGUCGAGAACGUAGUUUGCAGUGGGUCAUGAGAGAUGUGGAUAAUAACUUAUCGGCAGUCAUUGUAGAACCUAACACAGCAACAUCAUGUGUUGCAUCUAAUCAGAUUAUUAUGAUGAAUCAUCUACAAAGUAAUACAGCUCCCAAAAACUACUCACAGUUACGUGACAAACUCUGGGAAGUAAUCGACAAAGAAAUUGGCAUGUCACAAUGUGACAUUUACAGCUAUACACCUGACAUGCGAUCAGAUCCAUUCAGCGAAGAUGGGUGCCUGUGGUCGUUCAACUAUUUCUUUUACAACAAAAAACUAAAAAGAAUAUUAUUUUUUACUUGCCGUCGCAUUAUUAGUUCUUCAUAUCCCAUGGACUUUGAUGGAUCAAUAGGAACAGGAUCAGACUCUAUGUUUUUGUCUGAUUAUUAUGAUGAUGGCAGUGCUGAAAGCAACAGUAGACAUCGCAGAGAACGAAGUCCUUUAAACAAUAGUCGUCGUAGAGGUGGAGAUAGUAAUUUCUGAAUGACAAAAUGAAAAAAAAAAUAGUCUCAAUAUAUUUUAUCUUGCUGUCUCUCUUUUCCUUUUUUAUGCUUUUAAAUAUGUAUUAGUACACAUCAUUAAAUAACUAUUAUUAUUCAAAAUAUAAUUAUUAUAAUAUUAGAUAUAUAAUAUAUACACAAAUAUUGUAUCAUUUUACACAUUUGCACUUUUUAAUCAAUAUUAUGUGUGAGUAUAAUAUUAAGAUUGUAAAUUGUUUUACCUUUGUGUGGUAAUAUAAUAGUGUGGUGGAUCUCAGUUAUUGCAUAUUUAUAUAGUCAUGAUUGAAUUUUAUUGUCGGCAAUUGCGUUGAUAUUUAUUUAUAUUUAAAUUUUUAACAAACGAUUAUACUAAACAUUAUUUAAGUAUGGCAUUAUUAUGAUAUUAAAGGUUUAUGAAAUUGUAUUUCCAAAAAAUAAUUUAAGUAUAUUUUAUCUAUGAAUGAAAUGUUUAAAUCUAAUAUUAUUUAUUACAGUAACAAAGUAUUAUUAUUAUACACCUCUAUGUACCACUGAAAGUCCUGAUCUUAACAUUAUAACUGUUUUAUUUUUUAUACUGGUUAGAUAAAGUUUAGUUUGUAUGACCAUAGUAUUAUGAACAAAUAAUUUAUGUCCUCAAAAUGUAAUAGAUGUAUGAAAUAAAAUAUAUUGUCUAAAGAUAAA